AUGAAUUCAUCUAAACCUACUAUACUGUUCAUUCCUGGAGCUUGGCAUCUGCCUUUUGUCUUCGAUGACACCCGGGCCGCCCUGGCUGCGCGUGGCUUUCCUAGUGCGGCUGUUGGGCUCCCGGCUGUUGGAGCAGAGCCUCCAACGAAGGGGCUCAUAGACGACACAGUCGCCGUGCGUGAUGAGAUCGAAAGAUUAUCUGACCAGGGCAAGCAAGUUGUUGUUGUUGCUCAUUCCUAUGGAGGAAUGGUCGGCGCCGGCGCCGUGAAAGGCCUGGGAUACGCCGAAAGAAAGAAGAGAGGCAAGAGCGGUGGAGUCACUAUGCUGGUAUAUAUGGCUGCUUUUGUUGCCAAAGCAGGAACCAGCAUGUCGGAUAUGUUUGGAGGAGAAUUCCCUCCAUUCAUGAAGUUUGAUGGCGAUUACUGUAGGGCUGAGGAUGCAGAAGGGAUUUUUUAUAAUGACCUGUCCCUGCAGGAUCGGAAGAAAUGGAGCUCUGAGGCUGUGCACACCUCACGCGCUGUGUAUGAGGGCCGUGCCGCUCACGAGCCUUGGCAUGAUCUGCCCUGCAUGUACAUUUUCUGCGAAAAUGAUAUGGCGGUUCCUUUGGCAGUUCAGGAGUCUAUGGCUGGCUUGCUUGGCGAGUAUACUCAGUUUAGACUCCCGAGUUCUCAUUCUCCCUUCUUAAGCAUGCCUACUAAGCUCGCUGAAGCUUCCGACACCUACCAAAACCCCGCCAAGAUGGCACCUCCCGUGACACGAAGUCGCUCGAACGACCCAGGCCGCAUGACUGGCGAUGCGGGCACGAAUACACCGCGACCUCCUACCCCUACGCCUGGAGCUUACCCAGACUCGCCUGAGGAACAGCGCGAGGAAGUUGAACAGAGUACGCGACGCGACGAACGCGUCCCCAUAUGA